AUGCAGUGCCGAAUAACUGUAAUUACCAACAAGUGGAUUAAAAUUAUAAAUGCUUGGCAAAAUCACAUUAAUGUUGGAUACAAUUAUACACUUGAAUCAGUUACAAGUAAAUCACAACUUGAAAAGGAAGUUUGUGAAUUUAUUUGUGGAGUUUGUACUUUAAAAGGCGAUUAUUAUUCACAAUCUUCUUUGAAAAAUGCUGUGGCUUCAAUUAGUCGACAUCUAUGUGAUGCGAAAUCCGACUGGCAAUAUAAUCUAUUGAAUAAAAGUAAUUUUCCUAAUAUUUUUGCAACUCUUGAUAGAAUGUUAAAAAAGAUGAAAAAAUUAGGAAUAGGAACAACAAAAUCUUACAACGGAAUUACAACUAAAGAAUUAAAACUUAUUUUACAUCAUGAAGAAUUAUCUCCAAAUAAUUCUGAAGAUCUUCUUCAUCAU